AUGUCCGAAACUGUGGAUAAUAUAAUUAUAGCGUUUGAUGAAUCAAAUAAUACAAAUACAGACUCAAUACUGAAAAUAAUUCCAACCACCACAAAAGGAAUGUUAAUAUCCUACAUCAGUGUAAUAUUCAUGGCGUUGGUGUCCAUAUAUUUAGGAUCUUUCCGUUCAGUAAAACUACAUUUACAUAUGAAAGUUAGUACUCAAUAUUAAUUAAUUACAAUGUAUUGAUGUGUAUUAAAAAUUGUGUUUCUAGAUGAAAAAAGAAAUACCCGAAUUAUUGACAGAAAGACAUGCUAUGAUGUUGCCAGUAAUAAAAAGUGGAUUUAUUUUUACCAUAUACAUUUUACUCGAGGUAUAAAUUUAAGAUAUUUAUCAAAUUUACAUUAAGUAUUGGUUGAUUAUAUAUUUUAUUAAAUUAUUUUUAACUACUGUCAAAUAUGCCAGUGGUUAACCGAAUAUAUCACAGAAAGAACAACUACCAAAGUCCAAAAUAAAACGCAAAACGUUUAAAUUUUUCAAUAAAUUCCAUAUUGUCAUUUAAACAUUAUUUUACAUGGUACCUUGUAACGUUAUGAUCCUGAAGUAAUAUUUAAAUUUCUCCUUUUUUUUUUUUUUUUUGUUUAAAUGAUCAAUUUAUAAUUAUUUGUCUUUUAAAUUUAAUUGUUUUACGAAUUCCUUGUUUAUGGUGAUUGGUAGUGACAGAUUCAAAGAAAAAUAAUGUAUUUUUCAAACCAUUAGUAUAAAUAUAUAUUUAACAUUAUAUAAUUAAUAGGUUUCUAAAGUAAAUUAUUUGAUUUUCCAAAUAUAGGUAUUGUCUAUGAAACUUAUAAAUGGACUACUAACUUCAUGUUUCUAUAUUUAUGGAGUGCAAGCCUUAAAUAAUCUUUUAAGGUAACUAUACCUUAUUGAAUUAUUUCUUUAUGAAUACAUGCAUGUUAACAAUAUAUCAAUAAUAUGCAUGUGAUAGACAAGUAUAAUUUUUGUUUUUAGAAAUCAGAUCAUUUCCGUGUUGCCGAAAAACUUACCUAAAACCCAAUUUAAAUUCAAAUUUUAUUGGAUAAAUGUCAAAUUUACAUUACAUGAAGCUAUAUGUUUUAUGUCAUGUGCAACAUUAGGAUCACUUUACCUGUUCACCAAAGUAUUUUGUAUAAUUAAAUUUAGUUUUAUUACGCUAUUUUAUGAUGUUUUUAUUUUUAUUCUAGCAUUGGAUUGUACAAAAUAUAUUUGGUUUAGUAUUAGUUAUAAAACAUAUAGAAAUAUUACACCUGAACAAAUUUAAAAUUGGUUGUAUCAUUUUAUGUGGUCUAUUCAUCUAUGAUAUAUUUUGGGUGUUUGGCACCAAUGUUAUGACUACAGUAGUCAAAUCCUUUGAUGCUCCAAUCAAAGGUAAGUUUUCAAAGAAUUUAGUAACUAUAAUGGUUUACAAACAAUAUUUUAAUAAUUUUAAUUAAUAUAAUAUGUAUCUAGUGUAAUGUCAACAAAUAAUAAAUAAAUAUAUGUAUCUAUCAAAAUAAUUAUUAGCUUAAUAUGAAAUUUUUGGAAAUAGAUUUAUUUGUUGACAUCAACUGUUCUUGCAUCAAGGUGCAAAUAUGAAUACAUUCAUACAUAUAUAUAUUUGUAAAUAUAAAUAUAGAAAAUUAAAUCUGAUUAUUUAUAUUUAUUUUUUGUUUUACAGUGGUUUUUCCUAGCGAUUCAUUGGGAAAUGGCNGAGGUUUCAGAAAAGUUGCUACAGCUAGAAAUCGGAGCAAGUUUACUAGGAAAAAAUGUGUCUACAGGUUAGAAUAA